GCUGCUGCUGUACUAUCUUAGAGAGAGAGGGUAGCCAUUUUCUUCACAAAAAUACACACAUAUACGGAGCCUACCCAUUUUCUUCACAAAAAUACACACAUAUACGGAGCCAUUUAUAUAGAGAAAGAAAGAGAAACGGUUUUCGCUUUACCAUAAGCCGAUUCAUCGGAGGCAAGCUUUGUCUUCUUCUUCUUCUUCUCCUUCAACUCCCUCCUUGUUAUCAUCGUCAUCAUCAUCGACUGGAAUUUUUGAAGUUUGGGCAGUUCGAUCUGAUUCACCAACACAAAUUUUGCUUCUCUUUGCUUUGAUGAGUUGGAGAGCUGAAGAUCGAUAGUUCAAACCUCGUCAAUGGCAUCAGUCAACAUUAUUGUUGGUUCUCAUGUCUGGGUGGAAGACCCUAAAUUGGCAUGGAAAGAUGGAGAAGUUAUCAAAAUACAUGGUCAAGAUGUUCAUGUUAAAACCUCCGAUGGGAAAGAAAUUGUUGCAAAUAUCGCUAAAGUGCUUCCUAAAGAUACUGAGGCUCCUCCUGGAGGUGUAGAUGAUAUGACCAAGCUUUCCUAUUUGCAUGAACCUGGAGUUCUGCAGAAUCUGGCCACUCGAUAUGAGCUUAAUGAAAUUUAUACAUACACUGGGAACAUAUUGAUCGCAGUAAACCCUUUCCAAAGAUUGCCUCAUCUGUACGACUCUCACAUGAUGGAACAGUACAAAGGAGCAGCAUUUGGGGAGUUGAGUCCGCAUGUUUUUGCAAUUGCAGAUGUUGCAUAUAGGGCAAUGAUUAAUGAGGGAAAAAGCAAUUCAAUUUUGGUUAGUGGAGAAAGUGGUGCUGGUAAGACUGAAACUACUAAGAUGCUUAUGCGUUAUCUUGCACACCUUGGGGGUCGGUCAGGUGUCGAAGGACGAACAGUAGAACAACAAGUUCUAGAAUCCAAUCCCGUUCUUGAAGCAUUUGGAAAUGCCAAAACUGUGAGGAACAACAACUCAAGUCGCUUUGGUAAAUUUGUUGAGAUACAAUUUGAUAAGAGUGGGAGGAUAUCUGGGGCAGCUAUACGAACUUACCUUCUGGAGAGGUCUCGUGUCUGUCAAAUCUCAAAUCCUGAGAGGAACUACCAUUGUUUUUAUCUUCUUUGUGCUGCUCCAGCUGAGGAGGUAGAGAGAUAUAAACUAGGGAACACAAAAUCAUUCCACUAUCUUAAUCAGUCCAAAUGUUAUGAAUUGGAUGGAGUAAAUGAUGCUGAAGAAUACCUUGCAACAAGAAGGGCUAUGGAUAUAGUAGGAAUCAGCGAGGAAGAGCAGGAUGCAAUUUUCAGGGUAGUUGCUGCAAUUCUUCACCUUGGCAAUGUCGAAUUUGCAAAAGGUGAGGAGAUAGACUCUUCUGUGAUUAAGGAUGAGCAGGCUCGGUUUCAUCUCAAUAUGACGGCGGAGUUGCUUAAGUGUGAUGCCAAGAGCUUGGAAGAUGCACUAAUUACACGUGUGAUGGUCACACCUGAGGAAGUUAUUACAAGGACUCUUGAUCCAGAAGCUGCUCUGGGUAGCAGGGAUGCUUUGGCUAAAACCAUAUAUUCUCGCCUUUUCGACUGGAUUGUGGAAAAGAUAAACAGCUCAAUUGGCCAGGAUCCAAACUCCAAGUCAAUAAUCGGAGUUCUUGAUAUUUAUGGGUUUGAGAGUUUUAAAACGAACAGUUUUGAGCAAUUCUGCAUCAAUUUUACAAAUGAAAAGUUGCAACAACAUUUUAACCAGCAUGUGUUCAAAAUGGAACAAGAAGAAUAUGAAAAAGAAGAGAUUAACUGGAGCUACAUAGAGUUUGUUGACAACCAAGACGUGCUGGAUCUGAUCGAAAAGAAACCUGGAGGAAUUAUUGCUCUGUUAGAUGAAGCCUGUAUGUUUCCUAAAUCUACUCAUGAAACAUUUGCUCAGAAGUUGUACCAAACAUUCACUAAAAACAAGCGCUUCGUUAAACCUAAACUUUCAAGGACGAGUUUUACAAUAUCUCAUUAUGCUGGAGAGGUGACAUAUCAAGCCGAUCUGUUUCUGGAUAAGAACAAAGAUUAUGUGGUUGCAGAACAUCAGGUUCUGUUAACGGCCUCAAAAUGUCCUUUUGUGGCGGGUUUGUUUCCUCCUCUACCUGAAGAAUCAUCUAAAUCAUCCAAAUUCUCCUCCAUAGGGUCUCGUUUUAAGCUACAGCUGCAAUCUUUAAUGGAAACUUUAAGUUCAACAGAGCCUCACUACAUCAGAUGUGUGAAGCCUAAUAAUGCCCUUAAGCCUUGUAUCUUCGAGAAUCUGAAUGUGAUCCAGCAAUUGCGAUGCGGUGGUGUCUUAGAAGCUAUUAGAAUCAGCUGUGCUGGAUAUCCUACUAGACGUACAUUUUAUGAGUUUCUUCUUAGAUUUGGUGUUCUUGCUCCAGAAGUUUUAGCUGGAAGCUAUGAUGACAAGAUUGCAUGCCAGAUGAUUCUAGACAAAAAGGGACUCAAGGGCUAUCAGAUGGGAAAAACAAAGGUCUUUUUGCGGGCUGGACAGAUGGCUGAGCUCGACGCUAGGAGAGCUGAGGUACUUGGAAAUGCAGCAAAAAUUAUUCAAAGACAAAUCCGUACAUAUAUUAUGCGAAAAGAAUUUGUUGCUCUCCGUCAAGCUGCUAUUCAGUUGCAAUCAUGUUGGCGAGCGAUGCUGUCCUGCAAACUGUAUGAACAACUGAGACGUGAAGCAGCUGCGCUGAAGAUUCAGAAGAACUUCAGAUGUCAUGUUGCACACAUAACAUAUACAACGCUGCAUUCUUCUGCAAUUACGUUGCAAACAGGCAUGAGAGCCAUGGUUGCUCGCAAUGACUUCCGAUACCGGAAGCACACUAAAGCUGCAAUUAAAAUACAGGCUCAUUCACGUGGCCAUGCUGCUUAUUCUUAUUACAGAAGUCUUCAGAGAGCUGCGAUCAUUACUCAGUGUGGUUGGAGGCGUAGGGUAGCCAGGAAGGAGCUUCGAAAUCUCAAAAUGGCUGCAAGGGAAACAGGUGCUCUCAAAGAAGCCAAGGACAAGCUCGAAAAGAAAGUGGAAGAACUAACAUGGCGGUUGCAAUUUGAGAAACGACUCAGGGCUGAGCUGGAGGAUACUAAAGCCCAAGAAGUUGCAAAGCUACAGGAGGCACUGCAUACCAUGCACAAGCAAGUAGAAGAAGCAAAUGCUAAAGUGGUUCAAGAGAGGGAGGCAGCACGGAGAGCAAUUGAAGAAGCACCUCCAGUCAUAAAGGAGACCCCAGUUAUAGUUCACGACACAGAAAAAAUAAAUGCCCUGUCAGCUGAAGUAGAUAAUUUGAAGGCUUUGCUGGCAUCAGAAAAGAAAGCUACAGAAGAGGCUAGAGAUUCUUCCAGGGAUGCAGAGGCCAGGAAUACAGAGCUGGCUAACAAACUAGAAAAUGCCGAGCGAAAAGUAGAUCAGCUUCAAGAUUCUGUGCAGAGGCUUGAAGAGAAGCUUUCCAAUAUGGAAUCAGAGAACCAAGUACUUCGUCAACAAGCUUUGAACAUGUCACCUACUGGAAAAGCUUUAUCUGCACGGCCAAAGACUACUAUUAUACAGAGGACUCCGGAUAAUGGAAACGUUAUAAAUGGAGAAUCAAGACCUAAUUCCGAUAUGAGUCUUGCUGUAGCAAGUCCAAAGGAGCUUUUAUCUGAGGAGAAACCACAAAAGUCUCUAAAUGAAAAGCAGCAGGAGAAUCAAGAUUUGCUCAUUAAGUGCAUUUCUCAAGAUUUGGGCUUUUCUGGAGGCAAACCAAUUGCAGCUUGUCUCAUAUACAAAUGUCUGCUCCACUGGAGGUCCUUUGAAGUGGAAAGAACUAGUGUUUUCGACCGUAUAAUACAAACCAUUGCUUCAGCCAUAGAGGUCCCAGAUAACAAUGAUGUAUUAGCCUACUGGUUAUGCAAUACCUCCACAUUGUUGAUGCUGCUUCAACAAACACUUAAAGCUAGCGGGGCUGCUAAUUUGACUCCGCAGAGGCGCAGAUCCAGUUCAGCUUCUUUGUUUGGGAGGAUGUCCCAAGGCUUGCGAGGUUCACCUCAGAGUGCUGGGCUUUCAGUUCUCAAUGGGCGUAUGCUUGGGAGAUUGGAUGACUUACGUCAUGUUGAGGCCAAAUAUCCUGCACUGCUGUUCAAGCAGCAGCUCACUGCCUUUUUGGAGAAAAUAUAUGGAAUGAUAAGAGACAAUCUGAAGAAAGAGAUCUCCCCAUUGCUUGGGCUUUGUAUUCAGGCACCAAGAACAUCUCGUGCAAGUUUAGUCAAAGGAAGAUCCCAAGCUAAUGCUGCUGCCCAACAAGCUCUAUUUGCUCAUUGGCAAAGCAUUGUAAAAAGUUUGAACAACUACUUGAUGAUGAUGAAAGCCAACUAUGUUCCUCCCUUCUUAGUUCGGAAGGUUUUCACUCAAAUAUUCUCCUUUAUCAAUGUUCAACUUUUCAACAGUCUCCUAUUGCGGCGUGAGUGUUGCUCAUUUAGUAAUGGAGAGUUUGUGAAAGCCGGGUUGGCUGAAUUGGAACAAUGGUGCUGCUAUGCAACUGAAGAAUAUGUAGGCUCAGCAUGGGACGAGUUGAAGCACAUUAGACAGGCAGUUGGAUUCUUAGUUAUACAUCAAAAGCCCAAAAAGGCAUUGCAUGAAAUCACUAAUGAACUUUGUCCAGUGCUUAGCAUACAACAACUAUAUAGGAUUAGCACUAUGUACUGGGAUGACAAAUAUGGAACCCACACUGUUUCUUCAGAUGUUAUUUCAUGUAUGAGAGUUAUGAUGCAAGAGGACUCCAAUAAUGCUGUUAGCAGUUCCUUUUUGUUGGAUGAUGACUCGAGCAUUCCCUUCUCUGUGGAUGACAUCUCCAAAACGAUGCAACAAGUAGACAUAGCUGAUGUUGAACCUCCUCCAUUAAUCCGUGAGAAUUCAGGAUUUGUUUUCUUACAUCAACGUUCUAGUUGAUGGUGGUUCGAAAUAUACAUUGCAACAUGGAUAUUGCUGAAUGUUUGCGUAGCCCCAGAGAGCUGACUCUUGCACAUCAAGGAAGGUGCAGAAACCUGUGCAUAUAAUCACAUUGCUUGUUGCAUUUAAUGGCUGGUGUAUAUUUUUAUACUUGCUUUUGGACAACCAUAGCUGUUUGUUGUCCGGUUGCCGUUGAAUUUAUUCUUUUCCCUCUCCUGCUCAACUCGAGAGGUAUUGUUGUUAUGCCAAAAGGCUUUUAGUGUGGUCAUGUGCAGGUGUAGGCAGAUGCAGUGGUUUUUGUUGCUUGCCUUAUUUUUGUCAGAGUUGUAAAGUCACUAAAGCUUUCAAUUUUAGGUCCUUAUUUGCUGUAGCUUGUAGGUGAAGUGCAGUUCAAGGUUGUGUUGUACAAGUAAAGGUUGUGUUGUACAAGAAAUGUUAAAAUUAUCAAGGCAAAAAGUUUGCUGUC